CCUCCUCUCCUGCUCAGCAGGAUGAGUAUGUUCCUACUGCUGAUGAUCCGGGUCGCUUCUGGUGCUGAUGCUGCUGUUGGGUCUCAGAGUCCAGGCCAUGCUUACACUACAGUAGAUGAUCAUGCCUUGCAACACAGACCCGAGCCCUGAUGUCCCUUGGGGCCGAAAUGCAAAGAACACGGUGACAACAGACAGAGAUGUUUCCUACUGCUGAUAAGAAGACGCAGGAGCAAAGGCCCAUCUGGACCUUGAGAGACCCAGAAGAAUCUCAGAGAUGGCAAAGAGAGAUUACCUGGUGGAAGCUGCCAAGCAGAUCCGAAUGGCUUUGGACAGCGAGGUCAACGAAGACUACGAGGCGGCCUUCAGUUACUACAAGAACGGAGUGGACUUGCUGCUGAAUGGAGUUCAGUUGGACCCAAACAAAGAUAGGAGGGAGGCUGUGAAGAGGAAGACAACCCAGUAUCUGAAGCGAGCCGAAGAAAUCUUUAUAACCCAUUUACAGGAUAACCUAGGAAAAGGAGGCACUCAUUUAGGGGGCUACAGCAGUCUGAGAUUUCGCCCGAUCCGACACCUGAGUUCUCCCGUAGAGGAUCUGGAAAUGUGUAAAGUGGUGGGAAUCAGUGAUAAGGUCCUGAUUGUGCAAAGCAUGGUCAACAAAGAGAUGUUUGUUGUAAAGAGCCUAGUCAAAUCGAGCUGGGAGAGCAGAGACCAAACAACCAUUAUUCCUCAAGGUGUGCCCUACAUGGUGAAGCUGCUACGGUAUUAUGUCAGUGAGGAUGCCGUGUACCUGCAUCUGGAGCAUGUCAAGGGUGGGAGGCUUUUCUCUAAGUUGCACAAACUUAGAAAUGAGAAAGCCAGGGAACACCCGGACCCGUGCUUCACCUCUGGGCAGCACAACGUCAAGCUGAAGACAAGCCACACCUCACCUGAAAUCAGCAGAGACUACCAGCACAACGGCAGGAGCACAGCAGCAGCGAUUCCUCACAAACUGACCGACGAGAGUCCGGAUACAGACUUCCCAAACUCAUGGGACGAGACUCAGCAGCGGCUGGACAGCUGCGGGACUCACUCUUACAUAGAGGAGACCGGUUGUCUCCAGAACACCCGAUCGGCCGCGUCGUUUUACACCAAGCUGGAUCAGCAGACGCUGCUCUCCGGCCUCACAAGGACACAGGUCAACACCCACAUCCAUCCACCAGCCCCUAGUUUGUGUUUGCAUUCCAACGAAGCUCAGGAAAAGCCAGCUCUUCCUCUCUCUUGUGCCCGUGUCAGCCAAGCUCUCGAUGUCAUGUCAGAUCUCCAUAAAAAGAAAGCCGGGAUGGGACUCGUAGAGUGCAGUCGAGACUUUGAGGCAGCCUGGAAAGCUGCAGACCCAACACACAGCUAUAACAAAACCAACCUCUAUGCAGUGACUGGCAAUAAUUUGCAAAGAGCAACACCUCAGACAAAUCAGAUCUCGUUUAAAAGAACAGGACCUCCUAAAAGUCAAAGAGACGCGUUGAGUUCCUCUCCUGCCAUUCUGCAUCUCCCUCUCCAUUGCCAAACCCAAAUCCGUGGCAGGGCAUCAUGGGAAACUAAUGGCUCUCAUCAGGGAUCUUUUGUUGCUGGAAGUUCUGAAGAGAUAAAUGCAGAGUCAAAGCAAGAAAGCAGUCCCAUUGUAGAAGAAAGAAAUGGAAUGAUAGUCAUCAGGAGUACAGACAGAGCAGUAUUUUCUGACCAUGCGGACACAACCAUCAUCUCGGAAAGUUCUCGUGAUUUUCCUGCUUCUCUUUUCCACGGAAGCGUUAAUGCACAGGUGAAGUCAUCAGGAGUAUGUCAAAAAAGAGAAAAUUGUCCCACAUGUGAAAAACAGGGUACAGACGUGGCGUGUGAGGUACUGAGUCCUGGAGCGAAGAACCUAAAAGCGGAAUCAUAUGUAAGCUGGUUCUCUCCCGACCCACUGGGAGCCACAUCCCACAGCGACAGAAAGAACACGGAGGGACCAGAGAGGCACGAAGAAGACCAGAUCAUCGAGGUGGACGGCUGGUGUCACCUGCCACGCUUUCCUGCCACGACCUCCAGGCCUGCAGAGAAGGCCUUGCAGAGCAACUGGGGGAUUCCAGAAGGGGAGGUGCGUGUGUGGGGGGCGCAGAUUCUGUUGGCCCUGGAGAGUCUGCACGAGCAAGGCGUCUUGUGUCGGGAUCUCAACCCGAGGAACAUUUUGCUCACCAGCAACGGAAAGGUGUGUUUGACGUUUUUCAGCCAGUGGAGUGAGGUUCAGUCAGAGAUUAGCUCCAAAGCCAUGGAGCAGAUGUACUGUGCUCCAGAAAUCGGAGGAGUGUCGAGGAUUACAGAGGCUUGUGACUGGUGGAGUCUCGGGGCAUUGCUCUUUGAACUUCUAACAGGAAUGCCCCUUUGGCAGCUCCAUCCAGCAGGAAUCCAUUCCCACACCCAGCUGCUCAUCCCCGACCACCUAAGUGCUGCGGCUGCAUCCCUGCUCACUGAGCUGCUUCAGUUUGAUGCAGGUUAUCGUUUGGGUUCUGGAGGUGGAGGAGUAAGCGACAUCAAAUGCCACCCCUUCUUCAGCGGAGUCUCCUGGAAAGCUCUGUCCUGCUAGCAGACCUCCCAUUGUUUGUGCCAUACUGGACUUACAAAAAAAAAAAAAAAAAACA